CCUCCAGAAAAUCAACGGAGGAUAUACCGUCUGAUAACGUCACCUUCUCUUUUUUAUUUAAAAAAAAAUUGUUCAAAAAUCUCCGUAUGCAAGUUUGUUUUGAUUUCGAUUUAACCGCUCAAAUUUCUCUUCGAUGGCCGCCAAUUCGAGCCGAGGUGGUUCCUUAUACGGUGGUGCUGCUCCUUACAGAUCAAGGGAAGGACUCAGCACGAGACCGGUGGCGGGCUCCGAUGAAAUACAAUUGCGGAUUGAUCCGAUGCAAGCUGACUUCGAUGAUGAGAUCUCCGGUCUCCGUAGCCAAGUUAGGCAAUUGAGAAAUGUGGCACAAGAGAUAGGGACAGAAGCAAAGUUCCAGAAGGAUUUCUUGGAUAAGCUGCAAAUGACAGUGAUAAAAGCUCAAGCAGGCGUGAAGAACAACAUAAGGAAAUUGAACAGGAGCAUCAUUAAGAAUGGUGGAAGCCAUGUUGUCCAUGUGGUUCUUUUUGCACUGUUUUGUUUCUUUGUUGUCUACAUGUGGUCCAAAUUAUCCAGAAGAUGAGGUAUUACUGUUGGCCACUGAAAAAAUGUCCAGAUCAAUGGGCAUUCCAUGGGUAGAUUCGGAUUUGGGAGUUGAAAUGGAGGACCCAUUUGUAAAAUCUUCACAUUAGCUUCUUUAUUUAACAUUAGUUUUUGAUAUAGUUAAAAUCCUAGAUAUUGGGUAACAAAGAGAGAUUAUCACCAAGCCUGAUUUCUGGUUGAUGUAUAAACAAAGCUAUAUUCCAUGCAAUUAAGCUUUUACUAAUACAACUUGUAAAAUUAUAAAUUUAACAAAUAUACUAGCAUGCGCAGGCUGUUGAGUGUGGCA